CAUGGGUGAUGCGUGUCAUCCGAUGCUUCCGUAUGUUGCUCAGGGUGCCGCUCAGGCCGUCGAAGAUGCCGCGUCUCUGGGCGUGACACUAUCGUCUAUCACGUCGAAAGAUCAAGUCCCUCUGGCUUUGAAAGCGUACGAAAAGGCACAAAAAGCCCGAGCCGAGCAUAUCCAACAGUCGUGUUUACAGACGAGAGCGGCGUUACAUUUGCCCGACGGUCCGGAACAAGAGGCUCGGGAUCAAAAGUUUCGAGCUCUGUCGCAAGGAGGCGAGAGUGACGACAAGUGGAAUGAUCCUCAGAUGCAGCAGUUCCUUUGGGGAUGGGAUGCUGAGACCAAAGCUGAAGAGGCGUGGAGAGAGAUGAGCCAACAACCUACCAAACAGAGCCGAUUGUAAAGGAGAGGGACGUGAGAGAUGACAGAUGACUGAAGAAUUGCUACCUACCUAGAC